AGCCCACCAAAAGGCCCAAUCCCUCUUAUACACUAACCUCUCUAACGCUGCUCUCUCGAUCUCGAUAAUUCCUCUCUAAAGUUGUCUCUGAUGAUGAUGAAGUUUCUGCAAUCGUGUACAACUUGUUCAUGGUGUAAUUAUAGUGGCAUUUCUAGGGUUUUUUGGUACUCUACCCAGACCCUGAUCUCCUCAGCUUCAAAUGUGACUGUUCUGAAUAGUAAAUUACGAGCAGCCAACCCAUGGGUUUCGAUUGUUCCGAUUGUAGAUGAAUGGGUCAGAGUUGAGGGAAAGGUGAAUCUAGAAGAAGUUCAAAAGAUGAUCAAGCAACUCAGAAAAUACAGACGUUUUACGCAGGCUCUCGAGCUAUCAGAAUGGAUGAACGGAAGAUACCUUGACCUGUUACCGGGAGAUGUCACAUCUAAAGGGACGAGCAACAAAAGAUACCCUGACUUGUUUCCUGGAAAUGUUGCAGUUCAGUUGGAUUUGAUAUCGAAGGUUCAUGGAGUAGAACAAGCAGAAAAGUACUUUAGUACAAUUCCAGACACUUUGAGAGGCUUCCAGGUUUAUGGUGCUCUUUUAAACUGCUAUGCCUAUGCAAAAUCCUUAGAGAAAGCAGAGGCCAUUAUGCAGAAGAUGAAGGAGCUGGGUUUUGCUACAACACUUGCUUACAAUGUUAUUCUGAAACUCUAUUCUCAGAUGGGAGAGCACAUGAAACUAGACCCCCUAAUGCAAGAGAUGGAAGAGAAGGGAAUUACUUGUGAUAAAUAUACCUUCACUGUCCGUUUAAAUGCGUAUGCAACAGCUACAGACAUAAAGGGAAUGGAGAGGCUUUUGUUGAAGAUGGAAGCUGAUCCUCUUCUCACCAUGGAAUGGAAUGCAUACGUUGUGGCAGCGAAUGGGUAUUUGAAAGCUAACUUAGUAGAGAAUGCUUUGGCAAUGCUGAAAAAAUCAGAGCAUCUCAUCAAGGUUGAGACAAGAAGGUUUGCGUAUGAAAUUCUACUCACGCAGUAUGGUCGUAUGGGGAAAAAAGGUGAGGUGUAUCGUAUAUGGAAUUUGUACAAGAAAACCCAUCGAUUUUUCAAUUCGAGCUACCUAUGUAUGAUAAGCACACUAGUGAAUUUGGAUGACCUUGAUGGUGCAGAGAGGAUAUUCGAGGACUGGGAAAAGGGGAACAAAUAUUUCGACUUUCGGGCACCAAACUUGCUUAUCACUGCUUAUUGCAGAAAGGAUCUUCUGGUAAAGGCUGAAUCACUUGUGGAUAGGCUUAUAGAAAGUGGGAAGCAACCCAAUGCGAACACAUGGGAUCAUUUGGCAGCUGGAUAUCAUAAGUUGAGUCAGAUGGAAAAGGCAGUGGAGACAAUGAAGAAGGCAAUCUCAGCAAGUCAUUCAAGGUCGAGGUUGAACUAUUCCACUUUGGCUGCAUGUGUGGGAUACUUGAAAGGGAAGGGAGAUGCGGAAGAAGUGGACGAGCUUAUUAGUUUACUAAAGGAAAAGGGUCGGUUUUCAACAGAAAUGUGCAAUAGGUUAGAUAAUUAUAAUGCACAGAAUGGAAAUUCAGAAUGCAAACUACAUGAUCAGAUGGGAGAGGGUGAUCAGAAUGUUGAGGGAGAAAUGCUUGGAGUCAUGGAGUUCAAGUAGGAGGAUAUCAGGUGAUUAUCACGUAUCAUAUGAACCUCUGAUACGUGACACUGUACAGCUUUUUUCUAGUUUCUUCAAUGAAUUGGUUUCUUUUAGCUUGA